CCCGCCGCUUAUGUAGGUACAGAAUGAUCUGGUUUUGUACAAGCCAAGUAUUGAUGUAACCCUAAGACUUAUAUUUAAAGGGGCUUGCUUUCAGAGGUUUUUUUUAUGCCCUUAUACUUGUGCAACCACAGUUCUGUUUAAUGUUUCUAUUUUUUAAUUUAACAUGCAGACUCAAGUUUUUAAUAACAAACCGGCACACAAGAGCUCAAGUAAUUCACAACAGCGGAGUUGUCCUUGUCUCGGCAUCCACCACAGAAUUUGAAAUCACAAAACAUCUUUACAAAACUACAGAUGUCACUGCUGCUUUGAAUGUUGGUAGAGUGAUGGCGCAGAGAUGCCUUGAGGCAGGGAUCACACGGGUUCGCUGGGAAGUUCAAAAAGGAGACUUGCGGAAGCAAAGGACCAAGGCAUUCUCCGAAGCUCUCAAGGAAGGAGGAGUCAUACUCAGUGAACCCAAGAAAGUUAUACCACCAGAAACAUUUUAUCUAGAUUUUAGACCAAAAAAAAGAAGUAAAAAGUGGAAAAAAUUGCCGUAUUCAAAGAGAUGGAAGGCACACAUGAGGAAGCGAAGAUAAUGUUACCACAUACAUGUAAUUGUCGUAAAUAGAAUAUUUGGGCCAUGGAGCUACUGUACAAAGCUGUGUUCUACCACUUUGAUUUUUAUUUCUGUUUUAAAAAAUAAAAAUGAAAAACAACCAGCAAUGAGGACAGAUCUGAAA